AUGAAAAGAAAACUUGAUGAUCUAGACUCAUGCCUCAAGACCAAGAUCAAAAAUAUGAAGGAGGAACUAGAACAUAAAGGGAAGGUAGUCGAUGAGUUCGAGAUAGAGGAUAUGAUGCUCGAACUCGAAAGUCAUCGUCAUGCCCUUGAUGACCCUUCUCAAACGUCCGAGAAUGCUGAUUUAAAAUCAUAUUUAAGUGAGAGGAUUAUAGAUUUGAGGAGAGAGCUCGAUAGGCGACAUGAUCCGUAUACAAGUGUCACCAACGAGCCAAUUCUUGGGGAUGAUCAUGAUAUCCCAAAGGCUUCAGAUGUUGCACCUGAGGGAAGGGGAAACAUGAAACCAUCUGAUGGCGAUGAUGAUGAGAAGAAGAAGACCUGUGAAGGAGGAGAGAGCAGCAAGUCUGGUGCUGUGGACGAUGAUGAUGAUGCCUAA